GGGGGCGAACAUUAAAGUGGAUAUUUAAAUACUUGUCCCCACCUGCAACGGUUCUUCUCGGCUGUUAAACCGGCACAGAAGAUAGGCCAUUAAUUGUAAGCAUGCCGGAAAUAGCAAGCAUCCCCUGCAGCUUACAAUGGUCGAGAUAAAGUCGUUUGUGUUCUUCGACCUGGAGACAACGGGCAUACCGCAGUUGGAACACUUCCGCACCAAAAUAACCGAAUUGUCGAUGGUGGCCUGUAGUCGAGGGCAUCUACUGGAAUCAACCACCGAGAUACCGCGUGUAACGCACAAACUAUCGCUCUGUUUUAACCCGUUUCGUAUGAUAACACCCGGUUCUUCACAGGCUACUGGGCUGUACAAUGACUUGCUGGAAAAGGAAUCACAAUUCGAUGCGAACGCGGGCGAGAUGAUAAGACUGUACCUUGAGCGACUUCAAAAACCCGCCUGCCUAGUGGCGCACAAUGGAAACCGGUUCGAUUUUAUUUUGCUUAAACAACAUCUGCUCCGGAUCGGUGUCUUACUGCCUGCCGAUUUGUUUUGUGUCGAUUCGCUACCAGCGUUUCGGGAGAUAGAGGCCGACGUGGAGCGGUCGUACUUUGAACACAACGAAGGUUUGGACAGUGAAAUUCCCGAGCUGGAGUAUCAAACGUUGCGCGUAAUGGAGGAACUCGAGCAAGCUAGCGAUUGGUUGCAGGAACGCAAAAAGAUCAACGAAACCACACCGCAAAGCGGACGUAUGGAGCAAAAGUAUAAGCAAGCACUGCGCGAGUAUCUGGCGGUUGCACCGGCUCGAACACUACCGUUAUCAGAGAUCCUGACCGACGAUGAUGAUGAUAAUGGCGAUUCUGAAAGUGUUUAUUCUACUUCCUGCUCCCCUAGAGCUUCUGUAAGUUCUCGGAAAAGGUUGUUCAGUGUAACGGUUUCGGACGAAACGGUCGAUGUGAAACCAUUGGAAAGCUCGCCGGUUUCGAAUGGCAAGAAGCGAUUCAACCUUUCGGAUCUAUACAAACGAACCGUAGGAAAGGAGUUAGUUAAUGCGCACCGUGCAGAAGACGACACGCUGGCACUGAUGAACUGUGCCAUCGUGCAUGGCGUCCGGUUUGUUCGGUACGCAGAAGCCAACUGUGUAGCGUACGAAGAGAUAAAAAACAAAUUUUAGGUUUGUUCCUGUUGGGAGUGACAUUUUAGAAGAUUACGUUAGUGAUUUCGCAGCAUAAUUAUCUUUAAUCGAAGAAUUUGCCACAAGAGCAAAGUUAUUCCAAUUUUUAUGUGUAUAAGCUGUCGAAAGGUAUUAUGCAAAAUU